CACACCUUCCUUCCCUACAGUUGAUCCCAACACACUCCCCCUUGUUCUCCAACAACAAUUCCUCCAAUCCCUCUACCCACACUCUACACACAUUACUACUUACUUUCCCACGGACUAACAAUCUCACGUCAUUCCCUCCCCCAACCCCGCAAUCCUCCCCAUCACUUCACCCACAAGCAUUGACAUAAAUCCCUCCCUCUCUCCCCGUCCACCUUCUCAACCCAAUGCUCCGCACCUUCUCAACCCUCCCCCGAAAAAUGGCCCCUAUCGAACGCAUCACUCUAUUCAAAAUCCCCAAUGAGGCGGAUCGCGAUCGCGUUUUAGAUCAGUAUAAGGUUUUGGCGAAAACUGCUGUUAAAGACGGAAAACCCUACAUCCUCAACACAGCAGCAGGGGCAUCAUUCCCCGAUGAGCGAAACCAGGGAUUCAAUCUUUCGGUGAAGACGACGUUUGCGAGUCUAGAGGAUAUGGUGUAUUAUGAUGAGCAGUGUGAGGCGCAUAAGGCGCUUAAGGCGGUUGUGGGGCCGGUGAGGACGGAUAAGUUGACGACGUUUUUUGAGAGUGUGGUUUAGGUUUUUUAUUUCUCAUUCAUUUUGUGUCUUUGUUAGGGGGGAGGUUGUGGAUGUGGAUGUGGAUGUGGAUGUGGAUGGGGUGUGGUUCUCUUCUUGUGAUUUAUAUUCUACGUGGAGAAAUUGAUUGUGGUGAUUAUUUUGAUGAA